AUGUCGAGCUCGAAGAUUUCCGUCCGCACUCUUCCCAUCGUCACUGUGCAACCCACGUUCCCUAUCGUCGUGAAUGAAGUUUACUCUGGGGUAAUCCCCUUUGAAAAUAUCUGGAUAUCCUGCUACAAUAAUUCUUCAUCAGAUCCUCCGGCUCCCUCAAGUUCCAUACACUCCAAAGUUCGCGUUGUGCUCGACGAUGAGGACCGGGAGAAGGUCGUUUACCAAGUACGCGAGGGGGAUGUUCAUAUCUCAGAGGCAGAACGACGAGAUUUCGGUUAUAUUUACUCAGUUUCCUCGCCUAGUCUGCGGAUUCCGCCUACAAGGCUGUUAUUUCCAGUCCAGGAAUAUGCCGAUCCAGAAAAAUCUAACCCACAGAAACCACACAGGAUCACUGCAUUUUCCCUUGCCCCCGACAGAUCUCAGUAUGCCAUUGGGUAUCUGGAUGGAUCGGUGUUGCUAUACCCGAGUGUUCCUAUCCAAAAUUCUCAAAGCAAAUAUCCUACGUCUGCAAUCAGUGGAUUAUCUCCGGCAUUAACCAGAGCUCACAAAAGUACAGUGACCUCCUUACGGUUUUUUCCUUCUUCUCGUGUCCUGUUAUCUUCUGGUGCCGAUUUCACCUUGCAGGUGUAUCCUGCAGAUCCGAUUGCUGCUGCUUCAGUAUCGUCUGCUUCGGGACAGAGUAGCAAACGCGUAUCCUCUGUACGCACAUUGACUGCUCAUACCCGGAGCGUCACUUCUUCGGCUAUGAUCGGCCGCGGUCGCGCAAUAAUAUCUUCUAGCAUGGAUGGCACCAUCCGUGUAUGGAACGUUAGCACAGGCGAAGAGGAGACACUAGUUCACUCUGCUGCCGGAGUGGGUAUCGGUAUCAAUCGAAUAUUUCUGGACUCCGAUCGCGAUUUAUCGUCCUCGGAAGAUGCAGAGCCUUCCUCCAAUAGCAGGUUGUAUGCCGCCCUUCGUGACGGAUCUUUUGAAGUUUUUGCGCUUGGUGGGAACCAAAAACCUCGGAAGCUUGUACACGAGUUCCGCUCGGAAAAAUCAAUCUAUGGUGCCCUCAAUGCGAUAACUGUCAGCAUGCCUACUGCAGAAGCGAGAGAAAAGUUCAUUGCGGUUGGAUCUGCACAGGGUGUUAUCAGUAUUUACAACGCCUCUUCAUAUGCCUCCGUCCAUUUUCGCAGAAAUGAGGCUAGUAUCGAGGAUCUGGAUUUUGUCCCCCUUCCUCAAUCUAAACUUGGGCUGGUUAUCACUACAGGAGACGGAUUACCUUGGAUUGCAUCCCUAGAUGAACUUCCCAUAACGGGGUCGGUUGAUGCUAAAGUAUCCGUAUACGCAGAACUUGUCGGUGGUGAUGUUGACGCCGUGCGUAACGUUUCCGUCCAUACGGUUUCCUCUACAAUUGAGGUGUGGACUGCUAGCGACGAUGGAAUUGUAAGGAGAUAUGUGCUCUAA